ACAGGAGGUGGACGAGGCGCGAGAGAGAGGUCUUCACGGUGGUGUGCACUUCGGUCAAUCCUCACUCAAAUCGACUCGCGGCGGGCCUCGAGGAUUCGUCGUCCAGGCGGAGCCGGACGUUGCACGUGGCGAGAGAGAACCGAUGCGAUCCGCUCCACGUAGUGGGCCGAGGCGAGGUUUGAGGUUAGGUCGUCUGGAUCGUGCGGACCCGCGCGACACAUAAAUUAUCGAUUGGAUGUCCCUCGCAUUUAACGCGGCGCCAAAAACAAUACCGCGGCCGGAUCGCGUGUCCUGAGACGCAACGACGAGAUGGUGGAGAACGGACUACCGGCGUGCCGUGGUAGGUUAAGUUCCCGCCGGUGUUGUCCCCAGCCCGACCGUGUUGUUGUUGUGGUGCCGCCUGCAGCAGUGAACGACAUCCGGGAGCAGCAGCACUGAUCCCCGAGAGACGCGAGAACGAUGAGCCGGCUGUGGAACUACCUGGUGUUUCAGGCGUGGAUGUCCUACCUGAUGGCGGCCGGCCUGCUGAUCUUCACCAGCGGCUUCCUCCUCAACCGCGUCUCCCGGCCGGAGCGGGCCGAGUGCGCGCGGUGCACGACGGCCUCUGGCGACUGCCGCGCGACGGGCGACCUCCUCCAGGACACGGAGCGCGCCGCGAAGGUGUGCCUGGAGCGCCGCGCGCGGGUCGUGCUGCUCAUCGUCGACGCCCUGAAGUACGAGUUCGCGGAGUGGCACGCGGAGGACGACAACGCCGCCGCGUCCACCACCUACCAUCGCAACAAGUUGCCCGUGAUUCACGAGCUCCUGCAAAGGUAUCCGUCGCACUCCCGCCUGUACAGAUUCGUGGCCGAUCCACCUACAACGACCAUGCAGCGCCUCAAGGGUCUCACCACCGGCUCCCUGCCCACCUUCAUAGAGGUGGGCUCCAACUUCGCCUCGGAGUACAUCCAGGAGGACAAUCUCAUUGACCAAAACGCCGCCGGGGGUGUCGUUUUCAUGGGAGACGACACGUGGACCAAUCUAUUCCCGGACAAAUUCAUGAGGCAGUUCCCCUCGCCGUCGUUCAACGUCUGGGAUCUGGACAGCGUGGACAAGGACGUUCAGUAUCGCAUUUUCUUCGAGCUGAAGAAGAAGGACUGGUCGCUGCUGAUAGCGCACACCCUCGGGGUCGAUCACUGCGGGCACAAGCACGGCAUGCGGCAUCCGGAGAUGACGAGGAAGCUGAACGACACGAAUACGCUUAUAAAAGAGAUCGUGGCGUCUCUCGAGAGGGACAUGAUACUCUUUGUCGUCGGGGAUCACGGUAUGACCGAGACCGGGGAUCACGGCGGCGACAGCCCGAACGAAGUCGAGGCCGCGAUGUUCGUUUACUCGACGACUCCGCUGUUGAAUGGAUUCGCGAUCGACGACGGCGACAGCGUUAAUCAAAUCGAUCUCGUUCCCACUCUGGCGUCGAUCCUCGGCACGCCGAUUCCCUUCUCCAAUCUAGGAUCCGUGAUACUCGAUUGUUUGCCAAGCAAAGCGGAGGAGGUGGCCGCCGGUCAAUUAUUGUAUCUGUUACACUCUCUCUGGCGGAACAUCGCCCAGACGAAAAAGUACAUAGAGAUAUAUUCUGCAGACACGUAUCUGUUCUCGAAGGAGCAGCUGCAGCAUUUGCAUUACAUAUACAGUCUUCUCUCCGAGCGUGUUAAGCAGGUCGAUAGUUUCGAAAAGCUGGAGGCGUUCAUUCGGGAUACCAAAGGUUACUUUAAAUUAUUGAAGGACACGUGUUCCGAGGUGUGGGUCCAAUUUGACUCCGGACUAAUUUCCAAGGGUUUACUUCUGAUGUUUUGCUCCCUGUUUUUCUUUUACCUCUUCAUCACCGGCAUCCCCGAGAGUCGCAUGUGCGAUAUAUUCAAAUCCUCAUUUCUGCAAUGUGCCAUUAUAGCGAAUUUAGCUACCGCGGCGAUUACCACGUGCUUGUUCCUGUUGAACAUUCUAGAGGAAUUGAGGAAUACGACCUUGUUCGUCACCGGCGCAGUUUCCAUUGGUCUGCUGGUCAUAGUGAUCGCUCAAAAUUGGGACGUCAUAUCGAUGUGCUGGUACGACCAUCGUCGGAUCAAGCUGUUGACCUACGUGGCUAGGAUAAUACUGCUUCUGACGGUAUGCGGGCUCUUCUCCAACAGUUACAUAGUCGAGGAGGACAAGGUCUUAUCCUUCCUGUUCGUCACACUCGUUUGCCUGCUCAUGUUCGACCUGAGGAAGAACGAUUCCGAUGGUAUCUCCGAGAGGAAGACAAGAUUCACUUCGAAGCCGACAAAAUCAAAUUUCAGGACGAUUGUGCUAGUCAUCGGUCUGCUGGCGUGCGUCGCGGUGAGGCUGUCGCAUUAUUUCUGGCGCUGCCGAGAGGAGCAUCUACAACGGGAAUGCUCUAUAUUCGCAACCGGUAAAGUUGGCUGGUCCACGGUGUCGAACAACUGGGAGCGCGCUCUGCCCGCCGUUCUACUCGCUCUGGUCAUCCUGGCGUUGUACGUGGUGAUAGUCAGACUGUGGCUGCAAAGCUGCGGAAAUCUCGCGGGCUUCGCCCCCAGCGUCAUGGUGGGGCAGUACUGCCCGGUCAUCGUGAGCGUUUGCAUGGGCUGCUACUGGAUUUUCCAAAAGCUCCCGAAGUUCAUCAAGCCGAAGCUCGCGCUCUCCUGGGAGAUCAACACGCUACCCAAUAUGGUUUACUUCUUCUGCGUCCUCGCGACUCUCGUCCUCUACUAUCGUCCGCUUAGCAUAUACUUGCUGCCAAAGAAGAAGGAGUCCAUCGACGUCUACCGUGAUGAAAACAUAGUGCCUCGAUUAUUCGAAAAGAUAAAAGACACCAUUUCCCGCAAACGAAUAGACACCGACGAGCUCCCGGUGAUUUACGGUUUCGCGACUGCCUACAGCGCUGCAUUUAUCUCGUUGAGCGUAUUCCUCACGCUUCUGUACGCGCUAUUGUUGGGAGAUACUCUGUCGCCUGGUACAUUUUUGAUGUUUAUAGCGUGCGCUUGUAUAUUGGGCUUAUCCGCGAUAGAGAGAUACAAAAAUGCUAGCAAUAUUUCUGAGCUAGUUGACGUAUCGAUGCCGGUGUUACUUUGCUGGUUCCUGCUGGCUGAAUAUUUCUUUUAUGGAACUGGCCAUCAGGCGACAUUUCCUACCAUUCACUGGCACGCCGCCUUCGUAGGAACUGGUGGUCACUUUUACGGAAACUUAGUGUCAGCAAUUUUAAUCGGUAUUAAUACAUUCGGAUCGCAUAUUAUAUUGGGUGCAACACUACCACUAUUAGUGAUCGUGCCAUUUACGUUGCAUCGGGUAUUUCCAAAGUUUCUCAAAGCGAAAUUUUUCGAUGAUAUUAAGAGGGGCGAACUUCUCCUGUUCGAACAGGAUUCUGCUUUUCACGCUGCAAUUUUCGCGACUGCAGGAAAGUACACGUUGCUUCAUGGAAUUCGGACUUUCGGCAGCAUGCUCGCAGCAACUAUACACUGUCGGCAUUUAAUGGUUUGGAAGAUAUUCGCGCCAAAGCUAAUAUUCGAGGGAUUAGGAUUCAUGGUAACGUUGGGUAGUAUACUAGCGUCAUUUUACAUGGUAUUCCGUAUUGAUCAACAAAUGGAGUAUCUCAUCACUCGAGUCACGAAAGGCAGAUGAUAGUGACUCACUCUUAAGGGUGUAUAGUACAAUCAAUAGCAAAGUACCAAAGUCGUAAGAAUACUUCGCUUUUGCGACGAAUCGGAAAGUGGCUCGUUACUUACGGAAUAUAGGAUAUCCGCAUCUCUAACGAUUUUCGAACUGUUAAAGACAGGAAACGGGCAAUAUACAAGUCUAUACUUACCACGAUACUGCCAAUAUUUCCACAAUUUUGUAUGAAAGUGUAACAAGGGUUAAAAAAAAAAAUGAAAUCAGGUAUAUCUAGCGAGUAUUAUAAGUAACAUUUUUCGUACCGAAGUAAAGAAACUCGUCUCUCCA